AUGGCUCCUCUACCACCAGCCGAUGAUAUACUCCAAGUAAUGGCUGAAUGUCCUGGAUGCUCCAAAAUUACAGCAUCACAUUGUUUGGAGGGGUUUCUUCCGCCAGACCCUCCAUCCGACCCCGAUGAUACUUCGAGUCAAUCGAGCCAAAGAAAUAUGUCCAAUGGGCAUGACGAAUCGUCAAAACCAGAAACCGAAGAGAGUCCAUCGUGGAUGCCCAAGCCGCCGACCCUUUCCGCCUCUGGUAGGAUUACUGGCAAAGACCCACCUCUCGACCCAUCUACCUUUGAGCUCCGGGAGGUCAUUGGCGCAGUCCAAGCUGGUCGAUUCAGCGCCGACGGUCUUCGCGACUAUCUCGGGUAUUAUGAUAAGGAAACGUUGAGGACUAACUUGAACGCUGAUAUCGACGGGUAUCCUGCAAUUUUCUAUAUCGUCGCUACCAACGACAUCGACAUGAUUCGGCAGUGGAUCAAGCAUGGAGGCGACCCUAAUACAACAUGGGGACCUGAUAAUUUCCCGUUACUAGCAUUCUGCAUACUAACCAAGGGUAAAACCAUGCAUCAUGACAAAAAGUCACUUGCCACUCUCCUACGUUUCGGCGCCAGUCCCUUCGUUAUCCCAGAAGCAUUCUACAGCCCUUACUGUCGAGAUUUGCCAGAGGAUGGGCCAGUACAUGAUGAACUGCAUGACAUCAACGACGACAACAAGCGGUGGUGUACAGAAGAGGUGCGGACACAUCUUACCAAGGCUCUGAAUCUGCUACAACGAUAUGAUCUUUAUAGAUCCAGCAGAACCAGACCACAUUCUGGCCGUGAAAAGGAGCUGCUGGUUCGGCAAAAUGCCGAUGAAGUUACAGGCCUCCACCAGAUGAUCAUAGCCCAGUCAAUCGCCACUCGCUGGCUCCAACAGAAGCUACGCGUAUACUUAGCCCUCCAAAAAGAAAAGCCCCUGGUAUUGGUCUUCGCAGGGCCGAGCGGCCACGGCAAAACUGAGCUGGCGAAAAGAUUCGGAGACCUUAUGUCAUUGGACGUAGAGGAGAUUGAUUGCACAAUUGUGAAGUUCGAGACCGAUAUGUUCGGCCCACGACCACCCUACAAGGGAUUUGAGGAGGGCUCGCGGCUCAACAACUUCUUGGCCCAAAAUGCUGGCAAGAGGUGUAUCGUUUUUAUGGACGAGUUCGAAAAGACUAACCAGGAAAUUCAUAAUACAUUACUCCUACCAUUCCAAAGCGGAUGCUACUCAGAUCGCCGCAACGGCAAUAUUAUCGACUGCUCCAAGUCUAUUUGGCUCCUCGCCACGAACAAGCUCGAUCCUACCAUUCACUCCUAUUGCGAUGCCAACAAACAGGUCCUUCUCCAGGAGACCGACGAGAAUGCCCAGGACAAGCUGGUGCGGGCGCUGUGCAGCCAGCUUCGCCGAGAAUUCGUGCAGCACUUUGGCGCCCCUCUAGGCGGCCGGGUCACGGAGAUCAUCCCCUUUCUCAUCUUCUCGGCGCCGGAGUCGGCGGUUAUUGCCGACAAGAUGCUCAUGGACAUCGAGGCUGAAGUCGCCAAGCGCGUGCGCAUCACGCUGAACAAAGACGACGAUGUCUACGUGGGGAACAUAAAGUUCCACAUCCAGAAUGAAGCGGCGCUGUGCGCGCUCAUUGCGAACGACGAGUACGACAAGCAGACCGGCGCGCGCAGCAUCGCGCAGGGUGUGGAGCGGCUGGUCGAGGACCCGCUCGUCAGCGAGUACCUGAUCAAUGGCGACAAGUUCGAUGACAACCAGCCGAUCACCACCUUUGUCGUCGAUGUUAACCUGGAUGGGGAAGUGGAAGUCCGAUUAGUGCCGGAGCCGGGACAGGAGGAUGAGGAGCAGCUCGUAUACUAG